GUUGUUACUGACAGUCUAAAUCCUAUUGCAAAGAUGAGUGCAGAAGACGCUAUAGGACCACAUAUCACUCUUUUCAAUAAGCCUGAGUUUAAUGGAGCUCUAAUGGAAUGUCGAGGGCCCAUAUAUACUUUAGCAAACACUGGAAUGGACAAAAUCGGCUCCGUGGAUGUCAAACGUGGAGUAUGGAUUCUGUACGAAGAGGUGAACUUUGGUGGAGACAUCUAUGUGAUCUGGGAAGGACAGAGUCUUAAAGAUAUAUCAGGAAAAAAGUAUUCCUCUUUGAAGGCAAUUGAAGCGCACUUCUCGGAAAACCCCUCCAUGACCAUUUACAGUGAACGAGCGUAUGGUGGUAAACAUAUUACUUUUACCGAUGAGGAGGCUAACUUCGUAAACAUUGGUUAUAAUGAUGUUGUUUCAUCAGCUAAAGUCGAAAAAGGGGCCUGGGUCGGUUACGAACACAUCAAUUUUGAAGGAAGGCAAUACUUGUUCACUAGAGGUUUUUACGAUAGAUCGUCAACUGAGGGCCACUUCCAGGAUAGCAAGAUGUCGUCUCUGAAACCAAUUCGCAAGGUUUCCUGCUGAAAUGAGAUAUGGAAAGUUCAAAAUCUAGCCACAGCUUAACUAUAUUACUUUAAUCACAAUAUUAUAAUCAACUGAAAAAUAACUAGCCUAUAACACCAGUUUUAACAUUUAUCUGUGUAUUACUUUCUAUUUUACUUUUUCUACAUUUGCUAAUGCAGAUCGCAAAAUAAAACUAUU